GUAACCCUCGCUGCACAUGCAUGAAACAAAUGAUGAAGAAGUAUAUUUCUUACUGUUGUGAAGUGAAAUAAUUACAUAAAGAUGUCAUCCCUGUCCAUCUCUUUUACUCGUGUUUCAGUCAACUUUACCAGGUUGUCGUGUGAGUGGAGGACUGUCAAAUUUGUCUUUUGCUUUUCGUGGCAUUGAUACAGUGCGUGAAGCUAUGCACAGUGUCUUUUUGUUCCAUGCUGUGAAGGAAGGAAUGGACAUGGGAAUUGUGAAUGCUGGAAAUUUGCCUGUUUAUACAGAUAUUCCUGGUGAUUUGGUUACUUUGUGUGAAAAUUUGAUCUGGGACACUGAUCCUGAAGGCACUGAGAAGCUCCUUACCUAUGCUCAGUAUAACAACUCAUCUUCUACACUGUCUUACCUAAAAGACUUUCAGUUAUGCAGGACUGAGGGUAAGAAGGUUGUUGAGUCGCAAGAUUGGAGGAAUUCCAGUGUAGAAGAAAGGCUGCAGUACUCCUUAGUUAAGGGUGUUGAUAAGUACAUUGAAGGUGACGCCGAAGAAGCCCGACUGAAUAAACUCAUGUAUCCACGAACAUUGAAUAUAAUUGAAGGCCCGCUUAUGGAGGGUAUGAGUAUUGUUGGUGAUUUGUUUGGAUCUGGAAAAAUGUUUUUACCUCAGGUUUGCCUAUUUUUAAGUAGCUUUUAACGGUAUUUGACCGAGGGUUUACCUGUUGAACGUAUGCCAAGUAUAUUGCUUAGUUUCCACAGUGUU